AUGGCGGCUCGGCCGGGCUGGGCUGGCGAAGGGGAGGCGGCCGAGCGGCUCCUUUGUGUUUCCCACAAUGCACCAGCUUCUCGUCCGCGGGAAAGAAAAAUGGCGAAGGGGUGCAGCGGAGCCCGGCAGCCCGUGAGGCUGGCGUGAGCCUCCUCCUUGGCCGCUUCCCACUUCGGCAAUCUCGCAGAGGCCGUGGGGAGCCCAGCUGAAGCGAGGCCUCGGGGAGGGCGCAUUGAGCGCACUGAUUUCCCUGUAUGAAGCGGUUGGCCCCAUUGGAGAGACCGAAUGAGAGACUCUACGGGGGUGGGUAAUUCAGUGGUCCACAAGCGGUCUCCUUUACGGCGACACCAAAAGCCACCAAUAUCCUUGACCAAGCUGUCCUCACGGGAUGGACAGAAAGCCAAAAAGCCAGUGUGCAAAUUUGAAGAAGGUCAAGAUGUCCUAGCCAGAUGGUCAGAUGGCUUGUUUUAUCUUGGAACUAUCAAAAAGAUAAACAAACUGAAACAGAGCUGCUUCAUUAUAUUUGAAGACAGUUCAAAAUCCUGGGUUCUCUGGAAGGACAUACAAACAGGAGCUACUGAAAGUGGGGAAAUGGUCUGUACAAUAUGUCAAGAAGAAUAUUCAGAAGCACCCAAUGAAAUGGUUAUAUGUGAUAAAUGUGGUCAAGGUUAUCAUCAACUGUGUCACACACCAAAUAUUGAUUCUACCGUGAUAGAUUCAGAUGAUAAAUGGCUCUGUCGGCAGUGUGUCUUUGCAACAACAACAAAGAGAGGUGGCGCACUUAAGAAAGGACCAAAUGCCAAAGCCCUGCAAGUCAUGAAGCAAACAUUGCCUUACAGUGUAGCAGACCUUGAAUGGGAUGCAGGCCAUAAAACUAAUGCCCAGCAAUGUUAUUGCUACUGUGGAGGUCCUGGAGACUGGUAUUUGAAGAUGCUACAGUGCUGCAAAUGUAAACAGUGGUUUCAUGAGGCUUGCGUGCAGUGCCUCCAAAAGCCAAUGCUUUUUGGUGACAGGUUUUAUACAUUCAUUUGUUCAGUUUGUAGUUCUGGACCAGAAUACCUCAAACGUUUACCCUUGCAAUGGGUAGACAUAGCACAUCUAUGCCUUUACAACCUAAGUGUUAUUCACAAAAAGAAAUAUUUUGAUUCAGAGCUUGAACUCAUGACCUACAUUAAUGAAAAUUGGGAUCGACUGCACCCCGGUGAACUGGCAGACACACCAAAAUCUGAAAGAUAUGAACAUGUGCUGGAGGCUUUAAAUGAUUACAAGACCAUGUUUAUGUCUGGAAAGGAGAUAAAGAAGAAAAAGCAUCUGUUUGGCUUGAGAAUUCGUGUUCCUCCUUGUCCACCAAAUGCUGCUUUCAAGGCUGAAAAAGAACCUGAGGGAACUUCACAUGAAUUCAAAAUUAAAGGCAGGAAAUCAUCUAAACCUGUGCCUGAUCCGAGGGAAGUUACUAAUGGUGUAGAAAAAAAGGGAAAGAAAAAACCUGUAGGUCGUCCACCUGGCCCGUACACCAGGAAAAUGAUUCAAAAAAUGUCUGAGCCAUCACAUUUGGAACCUGUCAUAGUGCAAGAAUCCCCCACUUUGGAUUUACCUAGCACUGUUGGAAGAUCUGAUGGAACUGCACAUUCAUCUAAUACCUCAGAUGUAGAAUCUACAGGUGCUGUCAGUACAAAAGAAACUACCUCAACCUGUAUUCCCAAGCAUUACAGCUUAUCUGACUCCAGGAAAAGGACACGUACAGGAAGAACUUGGCCAGCUGCAAUACCACACUUAAGAAGACGAGGACGACUUCCUCGAAAAGCACUCCAGACUCAGAAUUCAGACAUUGUAAAAGAUGAUGAAGGCAAAGAUGAUUAUCAGUAUGAUGAACUCAACACAGAGAUUCUGAAUAACUUAGCAGAUCAGGAAUUACAGCUUAACCAUCUCAAGAACUCUAUUACCAGUUACUUUGGUGCAGCAGGUAGGAUAGCUUGUGGUGAAAAAUACCGUGUGUUGGCUCGCCGAGUGACACUUGAUGGAAAGGUGCAGUAUCUUGUGGAAUGGGAAGGAGCAACUGCCUCCUGACUGUAGGACUGAACAUUAUGUUCACUGUACUGCUGUUAACUAUUUAUAAAACACAGUUAAAAAUCGGGAGUGCAGAAGGAAACUUCAUGUUUCUAAAAAUGGAAACCAAGUUAGCCUUAACUCUUGCUUCUUAACAGUACAAACAUUGUGAUAGGGAUACAUACAUUUUUUAAAUAAGAUUGGAUUUUUAAAUUUUUAAAGUAAAGAUUUAGAUUGACUUAGAAUGGGAAUCUGGGAUUUCAGUUGCUUUAAAAUGUGCAUGAGUUCAGAGUGACUGUCUAAACUACAUUCCAAGGAUACUCCUUUUUUGCGAUUAGGGAAUAUUUUCUAUAGCUAGGGAAAUCAAUUUUUAGGAAAACCCUUAAUCUUUUCUUACUGAAAUGUUUGCAAAAGUGUAUUUCUACUUUGACAACCCUAGAUUUUCAUAAGGUGCAGUGUAUAUAAUUCCUACUGAGGACUGUAAAAUAUUGAAAUCUUCUUUCAAACAAAGUGUAAAAAAAUAUAUAUUGAGCCUGUAAAUUGCUCUGUGACUAGACUUUGUGGUCUCUUUAAUAUAUUCUUUGCAUGUGUGUAUAUGUACACCUAUGUGUGCAUGUGUAUAUAUGUGUGGUUGUGACCUAUGCAAUAUCAAUUAUGGGAUUGGGCAGCUUUUGACUAUAUAUCCCAUAAUUCUUUUUUCAGGAAUAGUUGCAGUAUUUACACAGCAGCAUUUCUUCUCAGGCUUUAUUGGGUGCUGUUGCUUGCCACAUAGUACAGAAUAUGUGUCAAAUGAGUGCUGUGUGUUCUGGCAAUGAGUCCUGUCAUAAAUGUUCAUAUGCCUUUUCUAGAAGUCAGUCAGGGUGCAAUCCUGCACGCAGGGACCCAGAGCAGUCAUAUUUCCUGACCAUUUUAACUAUGAUUACAGAUAGGGAGUGCCCCUUUAGGCUUGCACAUUCCUACCCCCCUCUCUGUGCACAUUGACCUCGCCUCCUUUUGUUGAAAGUGUCUCCACCAAGGUUUUCACUAACUAGAGCCUACAAAUCAGCUUCAACUCUUAGUUUCAGACUUCAGUUUAAACUGAACCAUAGUCAGUGAAUUACCUCUGUGCAGUUGCAACACCAGCCUAUGAUUAAUGGGCAAGAAGUGCUUAUUCUUGUUUAAAAAACAUGUACCUAGAAACUUUGUAUCUGAUCUGGGCCAGAUGGCUUAAAUAGCCUUUACUUGUGCACAGCCCCAAUUAAUUUUGGAUAAAAGACAGCUGUUAGAGGGAAAUAGGGACUUGAAAAUUUGAACACUAUUAAACAAAAUUCUAAGGUUCUGUGACACAUUGUGACACAUUGAUUGUAAAUUUUAUCUCCCAGUAAUUAAAAAAGUCAGGAGUCAGACAAGAUUCCUUUGUAUGUAAUGUUUUGUAGUCAUGUUUGAUAAAUGUAGUUGGAACAAAGUGUUUAAUUGCACAGGGUCAACAAACAGUAUGUUGCCACUUGAAGUAACAAUACUGCUUUUAUUACAAUAUUACCUCUUCUGUUCUUAUAUGAAUCAAGUUAUAAAUUUAAAACUUUAUUUUACUUGCAAAGUAACAGGUGUCUUUAAGGUUAGAUGAAUUUUCUUGUUCUGAGUUCUUGUCUUUUUUUUUUUUUUGCCAAAGAGGAAAUCACAACUAUUUUGCUUUGAUGGUUUCUCAUUUUGCUGCCUAACAUUUUAGUAACAGACAUGAAUUUGCCAACAAAACAAUUAAAAGGGUGCUGUAUGGUUAAAGCUUAUUCCACUACUUACUCUGACUUUUUAAACAACAGAAUACUGUGUUUUGAUGAAGAAGAAUCCUUUGUCACCUUUCCCAUUGCCAAAGGAAGCAUAGAUACAUGUCUUGCCCUGUGCUUGUGGCUGGCCAGAAAACUUAACAAGCUUUACAAAAUUGGUAAACUGAAAAUGUGCUUGUUUUGCCUUCACUAAAAAUAUGGGUUUCUCUUUAUCUCACACACAGUCUCAGCUAUUAAGUUAAAGUUGCCUUGCCUAUAGCUGCAAUAUUUUGAUAAUACACAGGUUAGUCUUAGAGUGUUUGUCUCUUGAGAUAAUGCGAAGUGUAGUUGUCUUGUAUUGUUACUCACACAACCAGUUUUCAUCAUUAAUUUUCUUUUUUACAAUCCUUGCAAUUCACAUCAAACACCAGCAGUAUUUGUAGGAAGGGCUUCCAUACAAAGACAGUGAUUGGAAUCUACUUGAGGAAAAGAGCUUGACAAAUAUCAACAAGAUUUAAUUGUGAAUGUUUUUGUUUUCAUUUUAUCAUGGUGGUUGACGUUUGUAUUCCUUGAAACUGUUUCCUAGAAUUUUUUUAAAAAUCAACAUUAAAUGUGUGUAUUUUUAAGAA